GUUUUGUUUUGUUUGAUGGAAGAUUGCUUCUAAAUAAGAAGAUUUUAACUUUUAAAGGCUCAAUUUUUCUUUUUGUUUUUUGUUUUUCUAAGGAAAAAUAUUUGAUUCAUGUACAAUUGGCUUUUUGGUGAUACAAAAUUAUCAAUAUUUUUCCAAGGUUUUUGGGUUUUUAUAUUUAAAUUCAUUGCUGGAUUUUUUUUUUUUCUAGGGAAAAAUAUUUGAUUUAUGUUCAAUUGGCUUUUCGGUGAUACAGUGCAGUUUCAGAGGUUUGUUUUUAGUUUUUUUACUUUUGCGUAUCUUAGUUGAGUUGUAUUGUAACAGUUUGGUUAUGGGUUGGAAAUUGAUGUUUGAUUUGAAUGAUGAAAAUUUUGAUGGGAUAUGAUUUUAAUCUUUUCCAAUUGGUGUGAAAAACUAAAAAAUUCAUGGUUGCGGUUGCCACCACUGUUACGCUACAAUUGUUAUACCCUGCAACCAUGUCAGCAACCAUGUCAGCACCACUGUUACCAUUACGGUUGCUGCCACCGCUAAAACCUUGGCCCAUAUCCUAACAGCUUGAGUUUUUAGGACAAUUCUUUGAUCCUUCUAUUCAAAGUUCUUUUAUGAGAAUUAUGCUUUUUGUGGUGCCACUACAUCUAUGCCAUGUCUGUCUGAAUGCUAAACUCUGAUAUCCACUGGCAUCUGUUUGUUUUUUUUGCCUUAAAUUGCUGAUUUAGUAGAUGGAAAGUUUUGUAAAUUUAAAAUUAAGAAAUGGCUAUAGUUGCUAAUUUCUGUACUUCCAAUGCACCCACUAACCAUCACAUCCUUUAGAACAGCAUAGUGGCUGUUUAUAAGUAUCAUCACAUCCUAUGCACAUUCAUUUCAUUCGUAUCACACACUUGUUUCUAGUAAGUACAAAAAGAUGAGCUAGUGUCUGCACUACUUUUAAUAUUUAUGGUGCACUCCAUGUUUUUUGAUACUCCUUCGGCAGUAAAAUGUGAAGUUAUGCAACCGCAGGGUUUAGCCCAGUGGCCAGUGUACCUCACUAAAAGGUCAUGAGUUUGACCCGCCCAUCCCCUUCAAUGUACCAAAGAAAGUGAGUGAAGUAAUAUGUUUUGUUUAUUUUGUGAUUGUCAAAGCCUAGACUCUAGACAAUCCUUUUCACCUAGUAAAAUCUUCCUCAACAUUAAUGAAUGAUCCUUUUUUGAAAAAUAAACAAGUAAUUAUGCUGUCCUUACAGAUUCUUCAGAGUUAAUAAAGGAGGUCUAUGAUGAACUAUGCCAUUCUAAAUAUACAUCUUUUCCAGUUCUUUUUUAUUUUGCAUAUCACCUUUGUUCUUAUUCUUCUCCCAACAUAUAUAUAUUUUUUUAAUAAUUGAAGUAGAUUUCCUUUUUGUUUUGUUUUGUUUUUUUUUUUUAAUGAAAUGUAACACUAAAAAUUUGUCAAUUGGUAAUAUCAGCAACCUAAUAUUCUUGUUAUAGUAGUGAAGAAACGGAACGUUUACUUGGUUUUACGUUGAAUGCCACUUGUGGUUUUGACUCUAUUCUGAUUUUCUUGGAAUCAAUCAAUGACCUGCUAGUUUAUUUAAACCACAUCAUUAUGGUGAUUGAGUACUCAAGAUGUGUUUUAUCUGCAACCCUUUUAUGAGAUACUUACCAUCGCACUGUCACCAGAUUCAUCAUCCCCAAAUGCUGGGGGUGGCUCGUGUGCCACUGCCUCUUGAUUUUCUGCAGGACGAGCCCAUAUAUGUUAAUGAGAAACAAUACGAUGCAAUUCUCAGGCGAAGACAAUACCGUGCCAAGCUUGAAGCUCAAAACAAAGUCUCAAAAGCUCGAAAGUCAGAAAGGCAUAAACAAGAUCUCUUAGCUGAGAUAGUUUCAGAGGAGCAAUGUGGUAGGGAACUGUCUAAAAUUGUGACAGAAUUGCUUCCUAAUCCAAAGAGCUCUACAAUUGUGGAUAAACCAUCCCGGGCCUGAAAGAGGAGUAAUGACAGAAAGAAGGUGUCUAAACGAUUGACUGAAGAAGCAGAGAAAUAUUUUGAGGACUUCAUUUCAAAUGUUGAAGAUACAGAUAUUUCUUCAUUUGAUGGAGAAAGGAGUGAUGCAAGUUCGACUUUAGGAGUAACAAAGGCUAGAGAUGCAGUGUCACAUUCUAGGGAAACAGAAACAAUGUAUAAUACAUCAGGAUCUAAUUCUCUUCCUGUUGAAAUGGAUGGUGUUAUUCUGCCUUGGUUGCAGUGGGAGACCGCUAAUGAUGGUUCCCCUCUUCCAUCGAAGAAUAAGAGAGAGCUUCCUGUGACUCCAAAAAGUAUCUUAUGGGAUGCAACUCAGGUGGAAGAAUCAAAGUUUGUGUUUGAAGCCAAGAUAAUCCAGAGAAUGGAGCUUCUGGUGCUAUCUACUCUUCAAUGGAAGAUGAAUCCAGUGACCCCACUUUCAUUUGUUGAUCACAUUGUGAGGAGGUUUGGAUUUGAGACAGAUUUGCAUUUGGAGUUUCUGUGGAGGUGUG